UAAUAUAGGGGCCCGGUCUCUUUGGGAUCUGUUGAGAUAAAGAAUAGAACGCGUUUUUUCUUUUCUAAUGUUUUUUUUCUUUCAAUAAAAAAAAACGAGGGAACGUAAACAUAAAGGAAAUUCGCUUCUAUCGUCGUAAGUAGCGGCCCGAGCUCACACUUAUAUUUGAACCCAGCAGAUAUGUCGCAAAGUCCGAAGCCUCAAUGCAGAACCCAGUUUUCCGUUGCUCACAUUCUGAGCCCUUUCGAGGAGGCGUUCAGAAAAGUGAGCGCGAUGGAUGUGCCCUCCACUUUCGGAGUUUCGUUCAGCAACGCGUACAGGCAACAGCAGCAGCAGCAACAACAGCUACACGAGCAGCAGCAGCAGCAGCAGCACCAACCAGGCCAACAGCAUCACAACCAUCAACAUCAGACGCACCAGCAACAGCAGCAGCAGCAUCUGUUGCAGCAGCAGCAGCAGCACGGUCAAGACCAUCAGCUGCAUCACCACCCUCACCAUCAUCACCACCACCACCAUCACCAGCAUCUCAAUCAGAGUUUGGCGCAGCAUCAGCAUACUGCUCCCUCCUUCCACCACGGCUCCGUGCAGAGCUACGGCGCGCUGGGCAGCCUCGCUGACAUCCACCACGGCUACACGGACGCGACCUCCACCAGUUCAGCAGCGUGGCUGAGUCCGGCGCAAGAGGCGGUCAGAUUCCACUCGAUCUCCCGCUUCGUUCACGGCGCCUCCACGAGCGUCUCCUCGGCCACGCCGGGUGAUCCCGAGCGCGGUUCGGGGGUCCACGCGGGGGCCGGGGUCCCCUUCCUGCAGGCCGGGGUCCGCAUGCGCAAGCGACGAGUCCUCUUCUCGCAGGGCCAGGUCUACGAACUGGAGCGCCGCUUCAAGCAGCAGAAGUACCUGUCGGCGCCCGAGCGCGAGCACCUGGCCAGCAUGAUCCACCUCACCCCGACGCAGGUCAAGAUCUGGUUCCAGAACCACCGCUACAAGAUGAAGCGCCAGACCAAGGAGAAGACGCCGGGCGCCCUCCGUCAGCCGACGGCGGACGGCGGCGAGGUGUCCCUGAGCCCGAGGACGAUCGGAGGAUCACCGGAGGACGUGAAGAAGGAGGCGAAGGCCGCGCAGGCGCAACUGGAGGCGGCGGCGGCGUCAGUCGGCAGCGAGGGGGCUGGCCACGCUUUGGCCGUGGAGAGGGGGAUGUUCCCGUGCGCCAACUUCUCGGGACACUCCUCCAGCCAGCAGCAGCAGCAGCCUCAGCACCACCACCUGCAGAUGUCCUCUCCGCCACACCAGGCGGCCGCUGCUUCUAGACUCCUGGCGGCGUCCCACGCCUGCGACUACGAGGGCCUCUUGCAGGCCACGGGCGGCGCUCUCUCGUGCGGCAGACUCUGGUGAC